CCGCCCGGCGGCGCGGUCAGCUGAGGCGGCGCCCAAGAUGGCGGCGGCGAGGACUGGCUUUGCCGGGGCGGUGCAGUAGAGCCCAGCGCCGCCGGGCUGGCCGCGUCCUGCCCCGUCAGGUCACCUGCUCGUCCCGGGAAAAUGCAUUCUUUUGGAAACGAAGAAGCGGUCUCUCUGGAGCGGCUCUUUGGGUUUUUCUGCGAGUGCGUACGGCGCGGAGACUGGGAACUUGCGCAGGCCUGCGUGCCCCAGCUCAGCCAGUGGCACGGGGAUGGCCCUGAGAAGGUGGAAGCAAUUCUUCAGGCUCUGGUAGCUUGUCCUGUGGGGGUAAGAUGGGGACAGAAUUCUAGCCCAUGGAGAACUGCGUGGCUUUGGCUUCUUGUGCUGGAAAAAUGGCUUGCCAGGAAUCAGAAAACUGUUCCAGUUGUUCUUCAGAGAGAAACUGAAUUUUUAUUGUUCUUGGAAGAACUACAGAAAGAUGUCUCUGAGGAGGUCCUAAAGGAACUGUUUGAAGCAUUUGAGUGCACCCAGAACAAGCACAUCACAGACAGGAAAAGAAGAGAUGGCUGUUCUCACAGAUUCAGUUUGGAUGUUGUUUCAGCUCUCAGGAAGCUUUUGCUGCGGGCUCCCCAGAGGGCAAAAGCCCUGCUGGAGUUCUUCCAGGAGGAACAAGGCACACACAGCUCUUCACUCCAGCACUAUUGCUCUCUACAAAACAUCUUUGUUGAAUUUCUUCGUGACUCCUUGAAAUCUCUACAGAGGCUUCAGUGCAGUUCUGAGAUUUCAGCAGAACUAGAUCAAAGAGAACUAGUAGAUACAAUUUAUGCUGCUCUUAGUAUAGUGACUUUUGAGGUGGAGCAUCAGGCAGAUGAAGUAUGGCACCUGUUCAGGGAGCUCUUGGAUGUAUGCUGGACUGAGGGAAGCCCACUGAGGGAGGAGAAGCUACUAAGCUGUAUGCUGAGGAAACAGAGUCAUGGCCUGUUAAGCCUGUAUAGCAGUGUUCUCAUAGAAAGAACAAGAGAAAAAUUUCUGGUGUCAAAAUCAAUACGAAAAGGUUCGUCUGAGCAGCUGGAUACAGAGCGAACCAUGAUGAGUUUGUUCUUGGAUCCCAAAGAGUCUCCUUCCUGGAAGACAGCCUAUUUCUACUGCUUGAGCAGCAGCAAGCACUUUCUGGAACAGAUUCUGGUGACUGCAUUAACUUUACUAAAAAGAGAAGACUACUCAGGCCUGAACAGCUUAUUGAGGAGAGAAUUCAACCCCCUUUGCCGCCUCUUGGUAUUGUUAGGAUGGACUCAUUGUCAAAGCUUGGAAUCAGCAAAAGCAUUGUUAUGGACUCUUCACAAAACUCAGGAUCUGUGCAAUGAUUCAGUACUGAAAGAUUUCUGUGAUGGGCUGUGGGCUCAGGUGGAAGUGCUUGAAUGGUGCAUACAGCAAAACAGUAUUACUAUCCCAAGGAAGGUUCUUUUGCAACACUUGCACGGUCUAGAUUGCCACACUGCAGUGUACUCUCUUCAUCAUCUCACUAAUCUUCUGGCACUGAAUGAAGACGAUGUUAUUGAGCUUCUUCAGAAAGUUCCUGCUAGAGACAAACAGAUGCAGGCAGCAACACUCCCUAACACCCUGAGUCAGCAACGCAAUCUGGCACUGUUUCGAGCAUUUUGUGCCAUGAAGUAUGCUAUCUAUGCUCUCUGUGUGAAUUCUCAUAAGCAUUCCAAGUGCAAAGAUUGCGUACACAGCCUUCUUGGUGAUAUCCCUGAAGACGCAACUUCUGGAGAACCAGCAGGUGAUUGGCCUCCUUUCUCAGAUUGCUCUUCAGUAUUUCCUCAGUACCUUGUGAAGUGUCAGCAGUUCUUAAGGAGUGUUCCUGCUCCUCUGCGCCUGGAGGUUUUGGAGAACAUCUUCUCCUUGCUUUUUGUUUCCUACAGUGACCUCCAUACUGAGGCUUUUCUACCUGAAGACUAUUCAGAGGAUGAUGAUCUUGACAAAAAGACUACUACUGUGAGUGUAGAAGGCAGUGCUAGUCGGCGGUCUUCUACCUCUGAAAGUCCACAGCACCUAAUAGAGGCUGAAAAGAAAUUAGAGAGGCAUCUGCUGGCUGCUGAGACAGUUCACACAGAUACCCAAGAUCUUCAUGACUCGAUGUUAGGUGGCAAAAGCUGUGAAACCUCUAGGCUGAGCUACCUGGAUUUGAAACACUUCACUAGUGGUGUUACUGGAUUUUUAGUGGAUGAGGUGGCCAUGGAUGCCUUCCUCACAUUGCUUCUCAACCAUCUGGAAGAAAUUCAGAGUUCUCUCCCAUGGGACUCCAGUAACGUUCUUCGUGAAGAGCUGGAACUUGUCGAGUGCUUGAAUCUUUCUGCAAGCAGAGACGCCUUUGGAAGUCGUGUGUUACAGUUUUCCAAAUACCUUUCUGAAGCUCACUGGCGAUAUAAGGUGGUGAUGAGUAACAGAAAUGCAGAACAUCAGCUUGCAGCUUCCAGGAGAUACUGCUCUUUAAUCAGCUGCUCCAGCUUUAAGAAACGAAGUAGAUCUCAAAGGUACAAAACAGAUGGGAAAGAGGGAACUACCAGUCCAUCAUUAGAAAGCACAAGUAGCGAGCUAAGCACCAGUACCUCAGAGGGAAGUACCAGUAAUGUGUCUGGCUCAAGUGAUUUGGAAAGCAGGGUGACACCACACCAGCAAAACCCCCUCAUUCCUAUGAUGCUUUCUCCACCAGAAUCACUGUUAGUUUCUUGUGUUUUGAGAGGAAACUUUGUAGAAGCCCAUCAGGUGGCUUUGAUGUUUAAUCUGGAUACUUCACCUUGCUAUGGUGAAUUGGUUUUCAUGGAGCGCUACCAAGAGGCGGUACGAGAAAUGGCAAGAGUGGAGCACAAUAUUGAGAAUCAAGCAUCAGAUGGCACAGGAGGCAUCAGGAAAUCUGGCAGUGGCCGUUCGACACUGCAAGCUAUUGGGAAUGCAGCAGCAGCUGGUAUGGUAUUUUAUUCUAUCUCGGAUGUUACUGAUAAAUUGCUUGCAACUUCUGGAAGUCUUGCCCCUACUCUCCAAGAAAACUUCUGGAUCAGCAACAUCCAGCUGGAGCAUACUGAUCCUCUGUGGGAAGUCCUUGAGGACCUCAGUCCUUCAGCAAUGGCGGCAUUUGAUCUAGCUUGUACUCAGUGCCAUCUUUGGAAAACAUGCAAGCAGCUUUUGGAAACAGCAGAAAGGCGACUGUACAACAGCCUUGAAACUCGGGGCCACCGACCUGACUUUGUUUUACUGCACUCUGAAGGUGUAAAGGGUUUCCCAGCAGUUCUCCAGCAAAUAAGUAAAAUUCUCAACUAUUCCUGCACAUCACAAGGGCAAUCCAAGCCAGAGGUCUCAGAUGAGAAAAUAGGGAGUCAUUUUCGAUGCAGUAUUGUAGAUCUUCUGCAAGCUUGCUACCCUGCCUUGACAGAAGAAAGUAUUACUAAUGAAAUUGUUUUAUCACAAAAUCUGGAUCAAAUCCUAAAAGCACUGACACGUGUUGAGCAUUCUGUGGACUCUAAAGGAAACCUGCUUGGGACCUUGGUGGAGCAGGCCUCUCUCAAACCUACGGAGCUGGAGAAGCACCUGGUUUGGAAUCAAACACAGCUCCUGCUGAGAACUCUUGACCAAACCAUGCCAGAGAGCAACAUGCAGACAAACUUUGUGAGGGCCUUCUUUGACUACAUCACUACAUUGGCUGCUGUUGUGUUACGAAGCCUGAAUGCAGAGCUAGCUCCCUUAGAGGCAACCAGUGCCCUGCUGCUCCACAGGGAUAAGAAGAGAAUGUGUAGAAGGCUAUGCAGAGACCUGUCUGCAGAAGUGAAAGUGGGGAACCCUUUCAUCCUGUUACAGCAGAGUCCAUCUCAGCUGCUCUCCCAGCUUGUGUUUGAGAGACAGGUUCAUCCUGACAGGCUUUCUUCUCUCUUGGCUAAAGAAGAGUUGAACUUGAAUGUGCAGGAAGUUAUUGUUAACUGUUGCUGUGAACGACUGUCCUUGUGCAGUGCAAGGCAAAACAGCCAGGCAAAGUCUCUUCUGACAAACAUCAGUAACUUAGCACACCAGUGUGCCUACCGCUGCCUGCCAGAUGUUGAAUUACCUAUUCACAAUUCUGCAAUGACCUCUGAGGAUAACUCCACUCAGGGAGUGUUCUCUCUGAAUGACUUGAGCCAGCACACACUCACUGCAUCCUCCCUGGACUUCCUAAAGUCUCAGUCGAAGCUAAUGGCCACAGUGGCAUGUCUAAGUGCAUCUAAUAUACAGAAAAUUCCCAAAUCAAGUUUAUCUUGGAUGGAAUUUCGGGGCAAACGGGAGGUGCCCUUAGGUUUGGAACAGAUUUCCAGGGAGUGUGAGGUGUUAUUGAAGGACUUCCCAAUAUUGGAACGAUUUCUUCUCGCUAUGUUUGAGCCACUUCAGAACCAGCAAGAGGAAGGUAGCAGUUUGGCUACUGUCUUCUCUGGCAAGACAUACAUAUCUCUGGUUCUCCUAGGAUUGCAUUCCCCCACAGCUGUUAAGGUAUUAAUGGGAGUCUUGGAACAAGCUCUUGCUGCAAAGGAUUGGGACAGAGCUCUGAAGGUCUUAGAUCUGUACAGUCAGGAUGUGGAGGAGCUGGUCAAUGUGAAGGAUGCUGUGCUGAGCUGUGCAACUGCUGAAGAUAAGGAUGGUUGGCAAUACUUAUUCCCAGUAAAAAAUGCAACGUUGAGAAGUAGGCUGGCCCUGCGCUGUCUGGACAAAUGGCCCCUUGAUGCCUGUUUGGAAAUCCUAGCUUAUUGCAUUUCUGAUUUGGGCAUAACUGAUGAACUAAAAGCCAGUCUGCAGAGCAGGAAGAAAGAACUUCAGGUUUAUCAAAAGAUUUUGAAUGUGCAAAAUGAACCAUUAUGGAAUGACUGGCAGGAUCUGAAAAAAGCCUGCACUGAUGACCCCCAGGCCAUCAUGAAUAUCAUUCUGAAAGCAAAGGAUUAUGAGUUGUUUGAGGAAUGGGGGCACUUGUAUCCUGUCCCAAGAGAAGACUUGAUCAACCUUCACCGUGAGCACCUUCUCCACUUACUGGAGAUGGGAGACAUGGAAAAAGCAUUGCAGCUUUUACAAAGAAUUGAAGACCCUGGUAUUUGUCUUGCUAUCAGUGAACAGUCUCUUGACCAGCAUCCGAACUUGGCAGCCUCUCACUUCUUGGCUGAUUACCUCACAGCUCACUUCUAUGCAAAUCUGACAACAGCACGCCGUAAUGAAAUCCAGGCACUCUAUAUGGGAUCAAAGGUGCUGCUGACUCUGCCUGAGCUCUCCCGUGUUAACUACUUCCACCUCUCCUCCAGGCCACUGCUCAUGCUGGAACAGCUCCUCAUGAAUAUGAAGGUGGACUGGGUAGCUGUUGCUGUGCAGACACUGCACCAGCUCUUAGCUGGACAGGAAAUUGGUUUUACUGUAGAAGACAUUGACAAUUUGCUCUCCAAGUAUGCAGAAAAAGCUCUCAACUUCCCUUUUGCAUUAAAAGAAAAGAGAUCAGAUUCUCUGAUACGUAUCCAAGAAAGUCUCAAUCAGGCAUUGGAAUGUGAAGCACUGUCUAAAUCGGGAUCAUCAGAACUAUCUCCUGUCAGCUUUACUGGUGUUACCAUACCUGCAAGUCCCAGAGACAGAAGUCUGCAGCAGAAUUUGUUUCCUCAAGAAUUUGUGCCUCCUGAGAAGCCACCACCAAAGCAGCAAUGGAUACCUGAUGACACUGAAAUGAUAUGUAUGGUUUGCAAAACUGAACGCUUUACUAUGUUUAACAGGCGCCAUCACUGCAGGCGCUGUGGCAGGCUGGUGUGCAGCUCUUGCUCCACCAAGAAAAUGGCAGUAGAAGCUUGCAGAGAAAAUCUGUCUCGUGUAUGCGAUCAAUGCUAUAGCUACUACAACAGAGAACAUCUGCCUGGCUUGGUAGAAGACACAAGCGCCAGAAAAGAAGAUCCGGACCAAGUGGAAGAAACUUCUAAUCAUGAAUAUUCCACAGUGGUGCGAAUACCCAAGGCGACUGAGCUUGAAUGGAUUUUUUCCCUGAACGAAGAGGAGAAUGAAAUUGUACGCAGUGAAUUUUAUUAUGAACAGGCUCCCAGCUCUUCCUUGUGUAUUGCCAUCCUUAGUCUGCACAGUGACAGCAUAGUGUGUGGCCACCAACUGAUAGAGCACUGCUGCAAGUUGUCCCAAGGGCUCGCUAAUCCUGAGGUGGAUGCUGGUCUCCUCAUGGACAUCAUGAAACAAUUGCUCUUCAGUGCCAAAAUGAUGUUUGUAAAAGCUGGAAGGAGCCAGGAUCUAGCGCUCUGUGACAGCUACAUCAGCAAAGUGGAUGUGUUAAAUAUUUUGGUUGCUGCUGCUUACCGUCCAAUACCAUCUUUGGAUCAGAUUCUUCUCCCUGCAGCAGUAACAAGACUAAGAAAUCGGCUUCUGGAAGCAGAGUACUAUCAGCUAGCUAUAGAGGUUUCUACAAAAUCUGGGUUGGACCCAGGUGGAGCAUGGCAUGCCUGGGGCAUGGCUUGCCUUAAAGCUGGAAACUUAAGUUCAGCAAGAGAGAAGUUUAACCGCUGUUUAAAGCCACCUAUGGAUCUAAACCAGCUGAACCAUGGUUCAAGGCUAGUCCAGGAUGUGAUACAGUACCUGGAGUCCACAGUGAAGCCCGUACUCAUUGCGGAUGAUGAUUACUUUGCCACGUUAAGGGAACUUGAAGCAACACUGAGAACAAGAAGUCUGUCUCUGGAGAUGGUGUGUGAGGGGAAAAUUCAGCACAACAGCUACUAUCAAGAGUGCUUGUUCUAUUUACAUAGUUACGGCACUAAUCUGGCAAUAAUAAGCUUUUACAUGAGGCAUGACUGUAUGAGAGAAGCACUGCUUCACUUGCUAAAUAAGGAAUCCCCAUCGGAAGUGUUCAUUGAAGGGAUCUUCACUCCAAGUUAUGAAAGUGGAAAACUGCAUAUGUUGGAGAACUUGCUGGAAACCAUUGAUCCAGGAUUGGAGAGCUGGGGAGUCUACUUGAUUGCAGCCUGCAAAUACUUGCAGAGAAAGAACUACUACCAUAUUCUGUAUGAGCUGCAACAGUUCAUGAAGGAUCACGUUCGUGCUGCCAUGACCUGCAUUAGAUUUUUCACUCACGGAGCAAAGUCUUACACUGAACUGGGAGGCAAACAGACAUGGCUUCUAAAGAUCAAGGACCAUCUCAAAGUCUAUCUGCAGGAGGUCUCAAGAAGUUCAGGAAGGAAAAAAAUGGCAUUCACUUUUCGGAAGAAAAUGUCUGCUACAGAUGUGUCAAGGCACAUCAAUACAGUUGAUCUGCAGAUGGAGGUAACAAAGUUCCUGCAUCGAUGUGAGAGCUCAGGAACGUGUCAAAUGUCAGGUUCCUCCUUGCCCACACUCUUUGGAAACAAUAACAUGAAAAUGGAUGUUGCUUGCAAGGUCAUGUUGGAAGGCAAAAACAUUGAGGAGGGCUUUGGGAUUGCAUUUAGAGUCCUUCAGGACUUCCAGCUGGAGGCUACAGAAGUGUACAGCAAAGUGGCCAAGCAGCUGGUGAAGCAGCAGAAGUACAGCGAGAUCCGGCAGCUCCUCAAGUGUGUCAAUGAGUCUGGAGUUGCAGCAAAAAAUGAUGGGGACAACAUUAUCCUAAAUUGUCUAAAUGAGUUCAAGAACAUUCCUGCUGAGGACCUUGAUAAUCUGAUUCAGGAUAUGGACAGUGAUGAAAACAAGAUCCAGGCCUACGUGAUGUGCAACAAGUUGCGUUCUGCCUAUCUAGUCUCAGUGAGACAGGAGAAGACCAGAGCAGUGCAGCUAGUCCAGCAUGUGCGACAGCUGGCUGAGAACAGCGGAGAUGACGUUGUGAAGGCCAUCUGUGCCCAGUGGCUCUCAGUGCACCAGCCCAAAACAAGAAAUCGGCUUCCCCAGGGCACUAGGAAGUAAUAAGUGAUUGACAUUCACCGUCAUACAGAAGGGGAAGGCUUCAAGACAGCUUACAGGUGUGUGGUUCAGCAAUCUUUUGGUAAAAUGGAAGCCUCUUGAUUGAUGUUGGUGGGAAAUGGAUGCUGCUAAUGUGCUUCUGGUGAAAGGAAAGGAACUAAAUUACAAGUGCCAGUCCCAUAUUUUGACAAACAGUUACUACCUCAGGGUGUUUUUUGGCUAUCUUUUUGAUGGGGGGGAGGGGGCAGUUUCAAACUGAACAAGAAUUUAGGUGUAUGGAAGAGAGCACUUCUGGUUUUGGCUUGUGUUUUUUUGUUGUUGUUGGGUUGGGGGAGGCAGUUGUUGAUUCCCGCCCCCCCCCGAAAGGCACUGAACUUUAUUGUAUGUUUUUUUAUUUUUAAUCUGGAAACCCUAUAUAGAGAGGACAGAAAAAAUUCAUCAACUCAGUGUAGCCUAGAGUAUAAAACUCUUUGUGAUUAUGGGUUUCCUGUAAACUUUUUCAAGAUUGGAGAGAUCUUUUACAAAGACUAAAAUUCAGAGAUUUUUUUUAAGCCUCUACAAACCAUUGCUUCCCCCGCCCCCUAGUACAAUGUGCCCAAUUUCUUUAGUUUGUUUGAAAAGGUAGGAACUGAUUCUUCAUGGUAGGUUUCUACUUACCAGUCAUGCUGUCAGAUGUCUGCCAUACAUAUGGCACUUGAGCCCUUAACUAAGUGGAUGAAGUUAUAAAGGGCAUAUCCUGUAAGGGGAGUACAAAGGGAAAAUAAUCCUUGAAAAUAGUUGAAAAAUCACAUACCUCUUUCUUUGCUGUGGUAAUAUCCAAUAAAUUAUUGUGAUGCAGCUUUCUCACUGAACAGUUGCCAGUAAACUUCCACAGUUUUUCAUCGGGUAUGGCAGAAAAUAUGGAUAGAGCAAGCUGUGGUAAAAUUCAACAGGUCUCUGCAUCCCUGUCACAGAGGUAUUUAUUUGGUUCUUAGCAGAAUAAUCUGUCCCUGUCAGGUACAAUAGAACACCGGACAAAAUUUUUAUGAACUGGACAUACUGUGUAGACUAUAUUGACAGGCUUUGCUCUGGAAGUGUUAGGUUAACUCAGUUUUAUGAAAAAGCAGGGAUCUUUGUGUAAUGGCUGUGUUCAGGGGUGCUGAAAAAAGCAGCUGCUUCUCUACAACCGUGAUGGGGACGUGAGAAUUGGGCAGAAGAAUGGUAGACAGUAGUAGGACUUUCAAAAAGAAACGGAACAAAAAAAUGGCACUCUGCAAGGGUUUGUGUUUGCUGUUUACGUGUAUUUCAGCACAAGAAAUAGGAAAAUUAGUUCACUUUUUCUGUUAAGAAGUUUAGUUGUUUACUUCAAAAGAAACAACAGGUUUUCUGAAGUGUAAUGUAACUGUAAAUAGUUUUAGUACCUAAAAUAGAGACUGUCAAAUAUGAGUUUUGCACUAUCCUCAAGCUCACUGUAGUGACACAACAGACUUCCAUGGUAUUGGAAAGGACUUGGUCCAUCUCCUGUAGUGUUUGAUGACCAGUGCCCCACUGACACAAACCCCUCUCUUGGAGGUGCUCCACCCACCAGAGCAGGGCAUGUCUCAGAGCAAAGCGGUCAGAAAUGACCACAUGUAGCUUUCAGAAUCUCCUGACCGCAGAUUUGCAUUAUUUCAUUAGUGAGCGGUACUAAUGAAAGCUUUUGCUUUCAUGGCCAGACUGACCUAGCUUUCCAUCAGAUUACAGCUGUCAGGCUAAUCCUAAAACCUGACACUAUCCAUGUCUUCGAUCAUUUCCAAAUCUCUAAUUAUAGGGAGGAGGUUUUACUGUUUGUGGGUAUGUAAAUCUGCAGUGCUGUAAUACCUACUUUUCUGCUCAAGCUCCUUCAGCUGUAUAGAGCACAGAGAGUGGAAUUUGCCAUGCAGACCAGUCAGUUCUGUACCUGCCUUUCUUCCUGACCUCUUUGCACUGUACCUGAUGCACUUUAUAUAGUGUUUGUUGUAAUUUGAUGUUCUUAACCUGGAAUUGUAGGGAUCUUUCUCUUACCAGCAGAACUGGAAUUUUGAUCCUGACUAACUGCCUUGAGUCACAAAUAGUGCAAUUAUAAAGGGGCUUUGAAUUUUUGCGCAUCAAAAAGGGAUUGAGUACUGCCAGUUAAAAAACUUCUCUAUUAAUGACCAAGGUUUGUUUACAAUAAAAAAAGAGAAUAAAGUAUUAUGACUGUUAA